AUGGCGGAAUACACCUCCGAAGCGGACGUCGAGGUCGCGUACACAACCCUCCGCCGGACCUUCGCAUCCGGCAAAACCAAGGAGAUCGCGUGGCGGAAAUGGCAGCUGAAGCAGAUCUGGUGGAUGGUCGACGAGAACGAAGAGCUCAUCCGCGCAGCGCUGAAAAAGGACAUGAACAGACACCCGUUCGAGACGACCUUUACCGAGUGCGCAAACGUCAAGGGCGACCUCAUCGAGCACCUCAAGAACAUCGACAAGUGGACCGCCGACCAGAAGCCCGAUGCCGGUAUUAUGGGGUUCCUGCUUAGGCCGACGGUGAGGCCGGAGCCCCUGGGGGUUGCGCUUAUUAUUGGACCGUGGAAUUUCCCGUUCUCGCUGCUUGUUCAGCCGCUUAUUGCGGCUGUUACCGCGGGGUGUGCGGUUUUGUUGAAGCCGAGUGAGGUUACCACUGCGGUGCAGCAGCUUUUUGUUGAUCUUGUGCCCAAGUAUCUGGAUAGUGAUGCUGUGAGGGUUGUUACCGGUGGUGCGGCGGAGACGGGACGGUUGCUGCAGCGCAAGUUCGAUCAUAUCUUCUUUACGGGGUCUGUGCCUGUUGCGAGACACAUUGCUGCGGCCGCUGCGAAGCAUCUUACGCCGACUGUCCUUGAACUCGGUGGGCAGUGUCCGGCGAUUGUCGGUGCAAGUGCGGAUAUCGAGGCUGCGGCGAAGGAUAUAGCUUGGAUCAAGUACCUCAACUCGGGGCAGAUCUGUCUGUCUGUCAACCAUGUGUUUGCACAUCCGUCCAUUGAACGAAAGCUCAUUGAGCGCAUGACGUACUGGUUCAAUGAGUAUAACAAGGGCGCUGCGGAUACCAUGACGCAUAUUGUCAAUGACAAGAAUUAUCUCCGCUUGACUGGGCUUGCGGAGAAGACGGAGGGCAAGGUCGAGUUUGAUGGGGUGCGCGAUGAGAAGACGAGGAAGCUGCCUCCCACUAUUGUCAGCGAUGUUAAGCUGACUGAUUCCCUCCUAUCCGAGGAACUCUUUGGCAGCAUCUGCCCUGUCGUCAAGGCGUCGACAAAGGAAGCUAUUGACUCUAUCAACAGUCUCCCACACCCGCUCGCCAUCUACGUCUUCAGCAGCGAUCAAAACGAAAUCAACCGAGUCAUCUCCUCGACCCUCUCCGGCGGCGUAACCGUCAACGGCGUCCUCAUCCAUGCCAUGGUCCCCGGCGCCCCCUUCGGCGGAGUGGGCGACUCGGGCCACGGCGCGUACCACGGCGACUACGGCUUCAAAUCCUUUACGCACUACCGCACCAUCGCACGCCCAACGCCCUUCUUCUUCAAAGCCACGGCAUUCAUGCGCCCGCCCUACACUUCCGCGAACAUCAAGAAACUCGCCGUCCGCAAUUCCGCCGGAAUCAAGAAGAACUGGUCGUUGGAAAAGGAGCGCGAGUCCCACAAACGAGGUCUGGUCAUUGCGAAAUCCCUGCGUCUGCUCAAGGUUCUGGCGUGGGCGCUUGUCGUACUGGGGUUUGCUGAUUUUGGCCUAGAUCAGAGACUGGGUGUUCUUCGGGGCGUGAGGGAUUUCCUGAGGGAGGUGAAGAGUUUCUUUUAGGGAGAACCUCUGACUUCUGAUGGCAAUCCUUUGCUCCUGGGACCUUGUCUGUGCGAUGUACAUAAUGUACCAGCUUGCUACAUCAUGCGAUACCAUAUCAAUGGGGUUUCCUAUCCGUCGACAAAAUCAGUAUAUCAGAGGCUGUGGCUAAAUAGACCCCGCCCCAUUCGCUAUUGACUGAUCUGGUCGGUUUUCUUGUCUGUCUGUCUAUCACUCCGUUUUGUAUAUGUACCCGUGUCUGCUUUGGUAGACAAUUUCAUCGUCUAUGUUUCGAGAUAUCCGCUCCGUUCCAGUCAUGCUCUUAGUCCA